AUCGGUCAUUUGGGAUUUCCCGCGUUCGCCGUGUUCGUCGGGCCAUUAGUUGUUUUCUGUGUUUUUUUGGCCAAUUGCCCAACUUGGACAAGAUUCGCUGACAAUUUUGUGUGUUAGAAAAACUGCCGGAAAUGCGAAAUUGAAAGUGUCUCCCAACAUAAAAAGAAUCCAAGAGAAAUCUCAAAACAAAUAAAAGCCAAUAAAUAAAUCAAUUAUGUCUUCCACAAUGAAAACACAACAACUGCCAUUGAGUUUGCCCAGCCACAGUGUCGGCAAGGUAUGCUAUGGAGCAUUUAUGUCGCCCCCACUAAGUGCCAACAUCAAUGUCUCCGCCGAUCAGGAUAGAUUUCGUGUGCCAGCCAGUUUGGAUGAGUGUAUUGCAGAGGGCAAUCAAUUCGCCAAUGGUGAACUUCAAUUUCCGGACUUUUCACACCUUUGCUUUGCGGCCGAGACCCCGAAUUCGGUGUUCAGCGAUGGCCAGCCCAACUAUGCGUAUGCAGAACAGGAACCAGAUGACAUUGUUUGCGCCACAGUGGAUCAUACGGGCAGCAUGCUCUAUCAACAGGGUCAAUAUACGCAAUUGAAUCGUGAGGAUAUAUUCCGUUUUGAGCCCGAGGACAUUGCCCGGCUAACGACGGAUGCUGAAUUACCCAUAUCGGGAUUGAUGCAAACAACCCAUCACACUCACACUCACACUCACCCUCAGCCGCAGCCUCAGCCUCUGACUCCAUAUACACCAUAUACCCCAUGCAGUGGCCAAUCGAACCAGCCUAUGGCACAGGUCGAGUCUAUCAAUCUGGAUAUUGAUUAUUUUAAUUAUGAUGAAAUUAAUUGCCAAUCGAAAAACCAAUCACCGUGUUCAUCCCCCCACCUAGAUGCCUGGUUGAAUUUUAACCUUAGUGAAAUGGCCGUGCCAUCAUCUGAAGCUCCAUCAUCGUCAUCCUUGUCACCAAAAUUAUGCAAUGGCUAUGUACACCAGCAGCAACAGCAACAGCAACAGCAGCAGCUGCUGCAUCAGCAUCAUCAUCAUCAUCAUCAUCACAUUAAAGUAGAGCCAUCACCCACAAAGCUGCCUUCGAUGAACUCCACAUUUGGCACACCGAAAUGCCAACCCGUGUGCGGCAAUUACGAGGAUUACUCCAAUGUCUAUCAGUGCAGUAGUGUGGAUGCUGCUGCUGCGGCUUCUGGUAAUUUUCAGGACUAUGCGCCAGAAAAUUAUCAUAAUAACAUGUUGCAGGCCAUCGAGAAACCGAAUCGGGAACACAAAAUCAUUUGGACCAUCGACGAGCUGGAUGAGCUUAAUGAGGCGCUAAUGAUAAGUAGCAGCGAACAGGAGCACUUUGAAUCAAAAGUCGAAAUGACCAAUAGUUGGCCAGCAGUGGAAAUUAAUGACACAAAGGACACGAAGAUCGAAAAGCGUGGCUAUAUACCAGAUGAAGAAGAUCUCGAUGACAUUGAUAAUGACAAUGAAUUCGAUAUUGAUAACGAAAAUGAUGAGGUCUUUGUUCUCCCGCCGGAAAAGGACAGUUGUUGCGAUACAGAGAUAGAGGCAAGCGAAUUGACGCCACUUAUCUGUCAAUGGACGGACUGCAAUGAGGAAUUCCCCAACCAACAGGCAUUCGUCGAGCAUAUCGAAAAGUGUCACGUAGAUGUCCGCAAGGGUGAAGAUUUUUCCUGUUUUUGGUUGGAUUGCCCACGGCGUUAUAAGCCAUUUAAUGCUCGCUAUAAGCUACUCAUACACAUGCGUGUUCACAGCGGUGAAAAGCCCAAUAAAUGUCCGUUUCCCGGCUGCAAUAAAGCAUUUUCGCGUUUGGAAAAUUUGAAAAUUCAUCAGCGUUCGCAUACUGGCGAACGGCCCUAUGGCUGUCAAUAUGGAGGUUGUGUCAAAGCUUUCAGCAAUAGUUCAGAUCGUGCGAAACAUCAAAGGACACACUACGAUACGAAACCGUAUGCCUGCCAGCUACCCGGCUGUACCAAACGCUAUACGGAUCCCUCGAGCCUACGCAAACAUGUCAAGAAUCACGCGUUGCGCAAUGCCAACGGACAGCUGGUACGCCGCAAAUCUGCCAGUGUAACAGGAACAGUGGCAGGAACAGCAGCAGCAGCAGAAGGAGCAAAAGCAGCUGGUGCUGCUGGUGGUGCUGGUGGUGGUGGUGGAGUAACAACUAGCGGCAAGAAGGCAGCCAAAAUACGACGUCAUUCGGAGUCUGCCUUGGCUCAGGCCAUGGCUCCUGGCAAUGGCAAUGGCCAUGACACUAGUACAAGCAAUGCGAAUGCGAAUGGGAAUGGGAAUGCAAAUGCAAAUUCAGGUGGGGCAGGUAUUGAGCAGCAGCGACAACAGCGUAGCAAUAGCUGCAGUGAAGCAAUGCUCCAUUAUGAGACAACAUUAAUGGCUAACCACAACAACUGCGGCAAUGUUGCAGCUAAUAACAAUUCAAUGAACUUUAAUGAGUUGUCAAAUUGCAUUGUCAUUAUUGAGCACAAUCAAAAUGAGGCAGCGGCGACAGCAUCAACUACCAACAGCAGCCAUAACAUGUCCACAACAGCAACAACGGCAGCAGCAGCAACAAUACCAACAGCAACAACGACAACACCAGCAACAGCAACAGCAAAUGCAGCAACAUAUGCCGUCUACAACAUGGCGCCCGUUCCGGAAACGGAUGCGCUGAGCGUUUGCAGUAGCAAUAGCAACAACAAUUACAAUCGCUAUGACAGCAAUGAAAAUAUUAAUCAAUUAAGUGAACUCGAACAAUUGCUGACAACAACAGUAGCGGCAACAAUAACAACAACAACAACAAGAACAACAACAGCAUCAGCAAAUAAUGUUACUGACGGCAGUGGCAAGGCAUUAGUUGCAUAUAGUACUUGCCCCGAUCCCACUUCCAUUACGAAAGAUGGCAAUAACAUGAACAUGGCCAACGGCCAGAAAGGCCAUUUGAACGAAUUUGUAUCAUUCGAGUACGUGAGGAAAUAUCUCACAGAUGGCUAUGAGCCCACUCCACCAAAAGCCAAAAGUCCUGUGUCCAAUUUGCAAUUACAGCCCCAAUUUGAUAAUAACUUUGAUAUGCUAGAUUUUCAGCAAUUCAUUUGAGAAUCUCAGCUAGUUGAGUUCUACUUGAUCAAAAGGCAAAAGCAACAGCUAACAAGUCAGCAAUUAUCUAUCCAAAGAUCUCAAUAUCAUUGAGUAGUAGUGCAAGCGAUCAUUAAUGUAUAUACUAACUCCAAAUGGCUCCUAGGGCAUGCAUAAAAUAAAACCAAGCCAGAAAUCCCAAAGAGAGUGAAUAAGAAACGUUCCUAAACAAAAAAAUAAAUAAUUUGUUCCAGUGAUUAGCAACGUCU